ACCCUCAACACAAUAAACUCGCUACGUUUAGCGUCAGGCAGCGGUAGAUGGAUGGUGCAGGGGAAAACGGCUUGCUAACACCGCCGGUCGGGCUAGCUUCAUUUGUAGCCACCUAGCUAACGUUAGCUCAAGGGUGGUCACUUACUUCUGACGCUACCCUGUAAAUACUGUGUUGUGUUGCUAUGUGGGGGUUUUGAGAUGUAGUGUGAUACUCUCACUUGUAAGUGCAACAGGGUUAAGGAGCAGACUAGUGGGCUAACGUGAGUUAGCUAGGUUAAGUAGCACCACGUAGCUAACGGGAGGUUGCGUCGUAACAACCAAGCUACGAAUUGCAACAACUUAUUUAGCUCCCGCUAGCCGGCUAUGUUAGCAUUCGUAGAAACGGCGUUGCUAACCUCGGGCCUCUGCGUUCUUUCCCUUUUCGGGUUGUUCAUCUGACUGCGGGCGCCGAACGCUAACGUCGCAGGAUUAUGGCGCCGCGCAUUCAGCUGGAGAAAGCGGCCUGGCGUUGGGUGGAAUCGGUGAAACCAGAAGAAAUUGGACAGCAGCACAUCGAGCUAGCGUAUCGCGUCAACCUCCCGGCCUGCAAGAGGGGAGCCUGCAGGAGGAACUGCAAAGGAAAUCCCAACUGUCUUGUGGGUAUUGGUGAGCAGGCAUGGCUGGGGGAGAUAGAUGAAAAUGCCUUCCAUAACAUCGACGACCCAAAUUCAGAGCGUCGAGACAAGAACACAUUUGUCGGCCUGACCAACCUGGGCGCAACGUGUUACGUCAACACAUUCCUGCAAGUGUGGUUCCACAACCUGGAGUUGCGUUGGACCCUCUAUCAGUGCCAUAAUCCCCGGGCACAGGAACAUAACCUUGAGUCUGAUUACGAGCCUGAAUCCAUCUGUGAGCAUCUGCAGUAUCUGUUUGCACUGCUACAGAACAGCAACAGGAAGUACAUAGAUCCUUCUGGGCUGGUGAAAGCACUGGGCUUGGAUACAGGACAGCAGCAGGAUGCCCAGGAGUUUUCAAAGCUUUUCUUGUCUUUGUUGGAGGACACGCUCUCCAAGCAAAAGGACCCGAACCUGCAGAAUAUCAUCCAGCGGCAAUUCUGUGGACAGUUCUCCUACGUUACUGUCUGUAACCAGUGUGGAAGAUCGUCUGCUCUGCCAUCCCGAUUCUACGAGCUGGAGCUCAACAUCCAGGGCCACAAGAACCUUACCGAGUGCGUCACAGAGUUCCUGAAGGAGGAGAAGCUGGAUGGGGAGAACCGCUACUUCUGUGAGAGCUGUCAGAGUAAACAGAGCGCCACCCGGAGGAUAAAGCUGCACAGCCUUCCUCCCACCCUCAACCUUCAGCUCAUGCGCUUUGUCUUUGACAGACAAACGGGCCACAAGAAGAAGCUGAACACUUUCAUCAGCUUCCCAGAGCAGCUGGACAUGGGGCCGUUCCUCGAAGGAAAAGAAGACCAGAAGUGUGUCUAUGAACUGAGUGCGGUGCUGAUCCAUCGGGGCAUCAGUGCCUAUUCGGGCCACUACAUCGCCCACGUGAAGGACGCUCGCACUGGUGACUGGUACAAAUUCAACGAUGAGGAAAUUGAGAAGAUGGAAGGCAAGAAGCUGCAGCUUGGCAUCGAAGAGGACAUUGCUGAGACAGUGAAGUCCCAGACACGAAAGCCAAAGUGCAGUAAAGGCUACCACUGCUCCAGAAACGCCUACAUGCUGGUGUAUAAGGUCCAGGAGGAGGAGGAGAGCUCGGACCCCUCCAGGACCAACGUCCAAGUGCCAGCCUUCCUGCAGAGGUUGGUGGACCAAGACAACCAUAAAUUUGAGGAGUGGUGCAGUGAAAUGGCCGACAUGAGGAAACAGAGCGUGGAUAAGGGCAAAGCCAAACACGAGGAGGUCAAGGAGCUCUACGAGCUGCUGCCCACAACAGACGGCGAGCCGUAUGAGUUCAUCCCCCUGGACUGGCUGAAGAAGUGGCUGGACGACUCCACUGCCACAAAAGAGGUCGACAACUCCCUCUUCCUGUGUUCACACGGCAAACUGCACCCGGACAAGGUGGGGGACUCCAAGAGGGUUUCAAUGCAGGCGGCUGAGCUCCUCUACGAGCGCUAUGGCGGAGGGCCGAGGCUGGACGAAUCCUCUCUGUGUAGCGAAUGUGUCGGCCAGCGAUGCCGAGUGCUGCGGCUGAAGAAUCAGCUCAAUGAAGACUACAAGGAAGUGUCCAACCUGGUCAAACGCACGCUGAGUGGUGAGGGAUACUGGGUGGGCAAAGCAUCUCUGCGUAGCUGGAGGCAGUUGGCAUUGGAACAGCUGGAGGAGGAUGAACAUGGAACUAAAUACAGCAACGGCCAGACCAACGGACUGGGACCACACAUCAGCAGCAGAGACUUCGGCUCCGAGCUCUCGGAAGGGAACGAGGACGACAUGAAGACUUUCAAUGAGGACAUUGUCUGCACUCACGGAGGCCUGAGUAUUCUGGAGACUGAAAGGAAGCUUGUAUCCUCUGAAGUUUGGAACAAGCUGAGGGUGUACUUCUCCAAAGCCCCGGAGUUCAACCAAAACCAGGAGUCCUGUCAUCAGUGUCUGACAUUAGAGCAGGAGGAGAAGGACAACGAGGCGGUCAGUAAGAUGAUGGCCCUGGACCAGAAGAACCAGCUGCUCAACCUCUUCCACGAGAAGAAUCGACCUACACUCAGCAAAUGGCCUCAGGGCUCAGAUGUUCUGUACGUGGUCCCUCUGUUCUUUGUGGAUGAAUGGAGAAAGUUCAUCAGGAGGCCCACGAAAUCCUCUCCCGUGUCUAACGUGGGCAACACUCUCCUGCUCUGCCCCCACGGAGGCUUCAUGUUCACCUACGACUCUCUGAUCGGUGGAGACGCACAACAUAUAGCUCUGCUCUGGCCCAACGAAUGGGAAGUGAUCAGCAGACUCUUCAUCGUGGACCAGGCCAUCUCCAUCCACUGCUUUACACAAACCACACCGGGCGGGCCAAGUCCUCGGUUCACCACCCAGCCUGAUCUGUGUUGGGAGUGCAGAGAGAGCUUCCUGUUCCAGCAGCAGAGGGACCUCCGAGAGUACACCCAGGCAACCAUCUACAUCCGCAAAGUCAUCGAAGACAAGAGGAUGAUAAAGGAGGCCGCUCCGGAGAUGACUGCCAGCAGCUCCGAGGCAGAGGAGGAGAAAGAGGAGCAUCCAAAAGUAGAUGGAGAGAGAGACCCAGACUUCAGCCAGUCACAGGAUGGCGCGAAGCGGCUAAAGCUGUGUGACGAUGGUGCAGUAUCGGCACCCGCUGUUCCUGUGACCAACAUGUCCAACAUGACCAAACUCGGUGGAAUCAGGAGAAGCACCCGGCACAGGAAACUCCGAGGAGAGAAGGCUCUCAUCGUUUCAGCCAACCAGACGCUCAAAGAGCUGAAAAUACAGAUCAUGCACGCCUUCUCUGUUGCGCCGUUCGACCAGAACCUCUCCAUCGAUGGCAAAAGUCUAACGGACGACUCCGCCACGUUGGGCAGCCUGGGCAUCAUUCCAGAGUGCAUCAUCUGUCUGAAGGCUGACGAGCCAAUAGCGGAUUAUGCUGCGAUGGAUGACGUCUAUCAGGUGAGGAUGCCUGAAGAAGGAUUUAAAGGCACGGGGCUUCUCGGACACUGAGGACCGCCGUGCUGCGGCUCUGCUGGAGUUCGACAGACGACAGAGAAACUAUCAGAGAAAAAAGCUUGAAUUUGUCAAGUGUCCAUAUAUAAAUAAGUGCUUUGAUUUGUUUUGUUUUUUACAUUUUGAGUAGGCUUCCUUUAAUAAAACUGUGACUAUGUUGCAAAGCCGCUGUUCUUCUCUACAUAAGGUUAGCUGGCCUUUGAUAUUUAAAAUUCCCAGUCAUUCUGAAGGACUCUGUCGAGCUUCCGCCUGACUAAUAGAAUUAUGUCGAGGAAGCUGAGUGGAUCUGUUGUAUUCUGAGGCUCGUCUUCAGUUAAUUUCUACUGUUACUUAUGACAAUGAGUUUUGUUUUUGACUAUUUUAAAUUAUGGCAGAGGUAAAAAAUUAAAGACAAUGUCUCUUUCCAUUGUGUGAAAGCUUGUGUUCUCGCUGCACAGUUUUUCAGGUUUGUCAAAAGAAUGCACGAGUAACUGUUAAGUAUUACAAAUAUAACUGCUCUUUAAUGUUAGAACAUUUAUUACCUCUACAGGAAAAUCUAUAUCCAUAAUACUCCAUGUGGCAUUUAGAGACACAUAGCUACUCUGUGCGUGUAGAGGCCGACGCCUGCGGGCGUCUCAGCAGUGCAAACCUUGUGAGUCGGAGGUGAGAGUUGAAAUGCAAGCAGUGUAAUGUCUUCUUAUUUUCACAGUUAUUUCUUAUGGACAAUAAAGUUAUUUUCAAAACA